CCUGCCUCUGACUUUCAGACCAUUUCCAAUCACAGGAACCUGAAGAAGAGUCAUGAUGUCUGAUUCAAGGGUGUCCUCUUUCAUCCAGGAGUGGGUGAGCUCAUACCCGGGUCAGGCCCACAUCCUGAACCCUGUCACCUCCGGCCAGGCUGGAUCUACCAGUCACAUGGCUCAAAUAGACAUGAUACCAUACAGCCAGUCCCAGGGAAUGAUGAGGGGGGAUGGUGAGGACAGAGUGGCUGAGCAGAUGAUGGGAUUGCCGUACCUUCCAUACACAACAUCCUGUCUCAGCAACACCUCAAGUGUGAGCACAAACCACAACCAGAGCCACACCAACACUCAACAGGACUUCUCUCCCUUCCUCCUGCCAACUCUGAGGGCCCCGGUGACCAAGAGGAGCAUCAGCAAAGACAGCGCAGAAUACAGGCUGAGACGUGAGAGAAACAACAUUGCUGUGAGGAAGAGCAGGGACAAGGCCCGCAGGAGGAUCCUGCUGACCCAGCAGAGAGCUCUGCAGCUGCAAGAGGAGAACCACAAGCUGCAGAUGAGGAUAGGGCAGCUGACACAGGAGCUGGACACUCUCAAACACAUCCUGUCACAGCGACAUCUGCAGGGAACUGAAGAGGGAGCAGCAGCAGAUUCCAGCAUCUGAGCACAGUCUAAAACCACCUUCCCAUUAAUAUCCAGUUCCAGUCAUCACAUUCAUAAUUAGUGUAUAGGCAUCCCUCCAACACUCAAAGUCAAAAGCCUGCUAGUGUUUUUUUUAGCUUUCACUGAGGCAAACAUUUGUUAUAAUUUGAAAAUGAAGUGUUGUAUGGGGAUGUAAUACCAGGUAUAAAGUGGUUAAUUAUAGUUUCAGAUUGUAAAGUUUUGAAGAGAGAAAGCAUAGCACACUGGCAGGACUGUAGUUCCACUGAUGACACACGUGAUGGGACAUGCUAUCUUUUUCAGCUUAUUACACUUCUGCUUUUGAAAUUUGGUUUUAUGGAGGCUAAAAACGACGCCACCCUCCAACCUCUUCAGAUAUUGUUUCUUUCAGACACCCAGAGGCUCGACCGGCCUGCUCUAGUUCCAGAUGCUAAGCUGUGAUCAGACACUUCAGGUCCCUGUUUGUGAACUGAAUUUAUGUUGGGAAGUCAAAUCUACAGACAAUAUAAUAGUUAGCUUAAUAAAUAAAAUAUUUUAUAAUAUCCCUAAAACUGAAUGUAUGAGGGUUACUUUUUGGUAUUUUUCUUGGUAAAGGGGGAUUUUGUCAUGACCUCAGUAUUUCUGAAAUUGUGGCAAUGGCCCUGCACACUGGAACUUUCAAGAAAUUAAUUAAACACCUGUACAUUUUGAAAAACACAGUUACUGUUGUAGUAUAUAUCCUGUUGGCAGAAUGUGUGGUGGGUCUGAAUUUAAAUGCUGUAAAUGCAGGGUCUCAAACAUACAGUGAAUCUAAAUUCUGUGGAAAAGGACUAUGAUUAUAGGGGAAAUGUAAAUACUGGACAAAUGGGCAAAGAAGCUGGUCAUAUUUGUGUGUGACUCCUGAAGGCAGUGUCUUCAAACAGAGGACCACUCUGAGCUGUCCACUGGGUUGUUCUUUGAUUUGAUUGAACAAACGUUGCCUAAUCACCUACCUGAUGCUUCUUGUCAUCGUCAGAGAUGAUUGUAAGUGUUGUUGCCCAACAGAGUUUCACAACAACCUGUGGUUUGUAAAGGAUUCACUGAAAUCUAAGUGUCUCUCUCUGUAUAAUACUCUAAGUGAGUGUGGGAUUACUUGAAAUUAUUUGAUGUAGUUUUAAAUAUGUAAUUUUUUCACCUUUGCUCUUGUUGAAUGUGUUGUAUAAAGUUAUAGUAAUACAUUGUUAAAGCAAUACUUUGU